AUGAGCGCCACGCGUCUGCUGACGCUGCUCGGCUACCGCGACGAGGGCUGCGGGCUCUACUGCUCGUGGAUGUGCGAGCACACCAUCGCCGCGCUGAACAAGAUGGUCGAUCGCGAGCUGCGCAAGAUGGAUGACCCGAACGAGGCGGGCAUGAGUCAUCUCGCACUUGUCUCCACCGCCCUCGACGUCGUCGUGGCGGCAUUCGAGAACGAGGAGGAGUUCACGCGCGAGACCUUUGGCGACGCGGGUCUGCUCAAGCUUCUGACGGAGCUGCAUAGCAAAUCCACUAGCCAGUGCGUCCCGGUGCUGAAGGACUUCCUCAAGAAGCGGGAGGAGGUGUUGCGCUCCGUGAUAACCCCCGCUUCUCCUCUGACUGGUNGUCCCGGUGCUGAAGGACUUCCUCAAGAAGCGGGAGGAGGUGUUGCGCUCCGUGAUAACCCCCGCUUCUCCUCUGACUGGUGUGAGUGGAGGGGCGAAUGGCAGCGGGAGCCCCACGCUGGCCACGUCUGCCGCCACCACACUCGACCCGCGACGCACGGACCAGAUAUUGGAGGAGAUGUCGCACCUCGUGUCGUGCUGCCACCUCUACUGGGCCUUUGCGCAGUCCAAGCAGCAGGAGUUCUUGCAAGGCAUGGAGGAAGGGGGCAAGCAGCAGAAGCAGCAACAGCAACAUGA